UUCUGUUUGUACUGUGGACUGUGUUACGUGUGCUGAGGAAGGGAAGAAACGUGUUUUUUUUUAUUCUGUGGUUAGCGUAUCUAGUUGACGGAUAUUUCAACAGUCGAUCACCAUCUUGCUAGUGACUAUUGGGGGAAAAGGAAGAUUUUACAAGUAUUAGACAACAGGUAAAUUUUAACAAUAAGCUCGUCUUAGUCGUUCUUCAUGCUGCCUCAGCUAGGCCUUACGCAAAUGUCUGCAGGGACAGCUGAAAUCGACGGUAGCUGUGCCGUUCAGCGUGAGCUGCACGUUGGUGAAAGUAUUCCAGUAUUCGGCUCCAUGACGGUGGACGUAAAUUCCAGCACUCCUUACACCGAUGCUACACAGUGUAAAAAAGCUACAAACCGUGUGAAACGUCCUAUGAACGCCUUUAUGGUCUGGAGCCAGAUCGAACGCCGGAAGAUUUGCGAACAACAGCCGGACAUGCACAACGCAGAGAUCAGUAAGCAGCUUGGGAAGAGGUGGAAGCUGCUGACGGAGAACGAGCGGCAGCCGUUCAUCCAAGAGGCCGAAAGGCUCCGCGUUCUGCAUAUGCAGGAAUAUCCCGACUAUAAAUAUCGACCGCGCAAGAAAGCGAAACAGACCGGUGUCAAACAAGAAAAGAAAUCGGCCGCAAAGCACAAGGUGUACAGCGGAAAAGAAGGCUUGAAGCCAGUUAAACACUCGAGACUCGUUUGCGGCGAUGCGUCACCACGAGCUCCAGUGGCUGGUGUGAAUUACAACAGGUUGAAACUGAAACUGACUAUAGAUAGGAAGUUCAAGGAAUCAAUCAGACCAACAAGUCUACAUCCGGCUGGUAAGGUACCAUGUUCCCCUUCAGAACCAGCCUCUCCUGAGAGUACCAACGUCAGUUUGUACGACGAUGUGGCCGACAAAAAGUCGGCCGUCGGUAGGACAGUGAAACCGGCGACGAAUCCGAAUAUCGUGAACUCUACUGGCCUGGUGGACAAUAGUUUGGCCGACUUAGAUGCUCUGACCGAGGCCCUACAGCUUCCGUCAUCAUGGGCAGAGGAGUUAAAAAGCCUCAACAUAACUCAACUUUCGGACUUUUCCUCUCUCGAAACCGCCAGUUCAAGUUCUGGGUCUCACUUUGAAUUCCCUGAUUAUGCGAACACCGAAGUCACGGAUAUCUUAGGUGGCGAUUGGCUAGACUCUAAUCUGUCGUCCUUAAUCAAUUGUUAGUGGCUUUUUACACAGGUUAACUCAAAUUGUACUUUGUGCUUCAGCUUCGAAAGAGGGCGUAGACUGUUGCCUCUCUUUUCCCGCCAAACUUGAUAACUCCGAGCCUAUAUGUAACAGGAAAGACGUGUUUUAAGGCUAAAUAAUAUCGUUAGUAAUGUUAUAAAAACGUAGAGAAAAAUAAUAAGCUCUCAUGAAUGAUUUAACAAACACAUUUUACCAUCUCCAUAUUUGGUAGCGUCAGCAGGUUUGUAAAAGGUCGUGGAAAAUGUUAAGUCUAACGUUGUUAAAGUCGACUGUAAAACAUCCAACGAGGUCAUCAUUUCUCCUUAUCUUCUAUUUUAAAAUAGCUCGAAUAUAAAAUAUAUAUAUAUAUAUAUAUAUAAAAGGUACUAUUUUCUAUAUUAAAGUCAAAUGUUAUCACUUAAUAAGAAAAACAAAAUACAUUUUAUUCACUAAUUGUAGAUAAAUUCCUUUAAAACGUUUGGGUGUUCAUACUGUAUCUUUUUCUUUUCGGAAGUGUUAUUCUUCAGUGUAGUGUGUGUCGUGCAUCAAAUAGGACGUUUUUAUCAUUUCCAUAUUCCACUAAAAUAUGUUUUCGGGAUUAGUUUUGGUAUGUCAUAGAGUUUAUUUGGUUGUUAGAAGAAGCCAUAAGAACUACUGAGUAAAUAUUAAAUGUCCUGUUAUGUUUUUAACUCAGUGUUGUGUUAUUGAUUAUGUAUAGUUUACUUUAAUUAUACCUCAGUUGUUGUGUUUUUUAUUUGAUUAUGGUUAUUUUGUUGUUUUUUUUUUACGAAUGGAAUAACAUUUAACAACUGAUAAGUUUUAAUGCUGAAAAAAAAUGUCGUAACAUGUUAUUUUUACUGAACUUUUUAAGUGAAAAAAUUUGUGUGAGGUAGGGAGUGAGGAAUAUUAACAUCAGCGUUCAUGUGAAGGCAGUAAACAGUGAGAUAAAGUUCGUCUUGUUUUAUUAUAUCGUUCUGCUAUACAAAUUAAUAUUUACUACGCUUUCAUUGCAAGUAGUGACUGUCGGAAAACUAAGGUACGCUAAGACUUCAUUUAAACUUGCUCAACCAGUUGACGGCGUGGAAGAAGAUCCAGGAACAUGUCUAAGAAAGAAUACAUUUUAAUGUUGGGGGUAAAUGAUUCGAGAACACUGGAGUCUUUCAGCUGAACACACCAGUAACAUGAGCACAGUGUUCUUAGCAGGCCCAUUUCAAGAACAGUGCUCAAUAGCAUUAUCUAUUCAUUGAAACGUGAGCGCAGUGUUCUUAGCAGGCCCAUUUCUACAACAGUGGUCAAUAGCAUUAUCUAUUCAUUGAAACGUGAAGACCGACAGUGGGCCUUAGCCUCGAUACAAGAAGUAAAAACGUUUGUUUUGUUGUUUUUCUUCACCAGUACAAGUCGGUAUGUACAUAAUUUUGGGACAUCCUAUAUUUUUUAAUUACUCGUUUGGCUGUUAUAUUUUGUAAUACGUUCUGACAAGUAUAUCUGUUGCUGUUGUACAUAAUCGACAAACGCCUACACGGUGAUGUAAAUGUAACCCCACUAUUUAACUAUUUCCAAGAAGUAAGUAGUCUAUAUUUCAUUAGUUUGUGUGUUUGACAAAAUAAAAGUAGGUGUUGUAGGCAGCCUUUUUUUGGUAAUUCCUUAAAUAAUAAUAUCUAUGUAAAGACGCAUAUAAAAUAGUAGUCAGUUAUUGGUGACGUAAAGAAUAAAUAUUUUGUACGUUUCCUACAUGUCUAAACUGCAUUUUUAUAUGUUAUCUAUGUUUUGUACGGACAGAUUCGUUUAUUAAAAUUAUAUUAAUCAAAUA